UAAUCCGUUGAAAAAAAAUCAGCCUUGAUUAAGCUUGUAUUAAUGGAAACAGGUAUCACUAGUUCUAGACAGUCCGAAGCAACAACCAAACCUGACACGUUACAAUGAACUCGAGUAACAAAAAACACAAAACCAAGAGCUUUCAAUUAAGAAAUUCUCUAUUAACGGAUAUUUUUGAAGAUGUUCGAACCCGGAAUGUCUACAAUGUCUACAUUAUCAUCUUCAUUACGCUUUUUAUUCAAACUGCAGCGAAGGAAUACGCCAAUACACAAAGGGUAACUUUCGGACUUGAGGUGAUGAAAACGGGUUUUACUAGACUGGAUAAGGCGUUAUUGAUUUGGCUUUGUUGUUUUGUAUCAGCGUGUGUGUCGUAUUUUGUUUUCAAAGUUUGGGCUCUAGUCAGAAGCUUAGUCAGGGAGACUCUAAUUGUUGAUUGGUUGGGAGGAACAACUUUGGUUUUUUACUAUUUCUACAGUUUCAAAUUCGUUCACAACGCCGUAUUUUAUUUUCGUUUUUAUCCAGCCUGUAUAAUGUUCGUGAACAUGGAAGCGAUCAGACUUCUGAUGAAAGUCCACUCCUUCAUCCGAAACAGCGCCACCACUCCACCCCCCGCCCUUAAAUUUUCCAACUUCUUGUACUUCCUCUUCGCCCCCACCCUCAUCUACCGCGACAACUACCCCCGAACCGCCACCAUCAACUGGAAAUUCGUCGUCCAGCGCCUCGUCGAAUGCAUCAGCAUGGUCUUCAUCCUGGCCUUCAUCAUCAUAAACAUGUACCCAACCCCCGACCGCUGGCGUAAAAAAUUUACCAUAAGCGAGACAUUGCUCCUGAUUUUGGAAAACAUGCCAUACGGCGCCCUAAUUUUGGGCAGUUUUUGCAUAUUGAUCUUCCACUCGGUCCAAAACCUCUUCGCCGAGCUAACCCGCUUUGGAGAUCGCUUGUUCUACCUGGAUUGGUGGAACUCUUGCAAUUUCAGCACUGCUUUGGCUAGGUGGAACAGGCUCGUCCAGGAUUGGUUGUACUAUUACGUCUACUGCGAUUUCAAGGAAUACGUGUGGGGUAACAAAUCUGCGGGAAAAGUCAUGGUCUUCUUGGUGUCGUUUGUGGUACACGAGUGGGUGGCGUUUUGUUGUGUGGGUGGGUUUAUGCCCUUUAUGUAUGUCGUUUUUAUGGUUUUGGUUUUGCCGCAGACUUUUUUUCAAGCACCAAAGGGGAUGAUUUUUAAUGUAUUUUUUUGGUGUGGGACGAUGUUUUUAUGUACUUGUAAUUUUGUUUUGUAUAGUUUUGAGUUGUAUGCGCAGUUGCACGAUCCUGUUGAAAACCAGACGUGGGGGCAGGUGUUUGUUCCUAGGGUUUUCACGUCUGAUUGUGUGAUUCGUGGUUGA